UCUCUGAGAUUUGCUCUGACAAGAAGUGAACUGUUGAAAGGGAGAACAAAUUGUGACAAUCUGUUCUCGUGUCCUCGAGGAAAAGUGACGCUUCCUCUCCAUCUUCGUGUUCUUUGACGCCCGCAUUCUACGGCAUUGGGACCAUGCUUUACGGCAUGAGCUACGGCUAUGGCACCGCCUAUGGCAGCGUGGUCACCUCCAUCAUCACCAUCAUAGCCUUGUAUUAUGUCUUGACUGGGCGUGGCGAGCGCAUCGACUUUGGUUGGUUCCUGAGUGAAACCUCGCCGUACAUGUGGGCCGCUUUGGGUGUGGGCCUAUCCGUGUCAUUGAGUGUGGUGGGGGCCGCCUUGGGCAUCUACACCACGGGCACUUCGAUCUUGGGCGGUGGUGUCAAAGCCCCUCGAAUCAAGACCAAGAACUUGAUCUCGGUCAUUUUCUGUGAAGCCGUGGCCAUCUACGGACUGAUCAUUGCCAUCGUGCUCUCCGGCCAGAUCGAGCCCUACACGGAGGCGGCCAUCCAAGAUGAGACCGUCAAGAUCCGCAACUGGAUGUCAGGCUACCUCAUGUUCGGGGCUGGACUGACCACGGGGGUUGUCAAUCUGGUUUGCGGGCUCUGCGUGGGUCAGGUCGGCUCGGGUGCCGCUUUGUCUGAUGCGGCAGAUGGGUCGCUGUUUGUCAAGAUCCUGAUUGUGGAAAUCUUCGGGAGCGCCAUUGGUCUUUUUGGGCUCAUUAUUUCAGUGCUUCUGACUUCCAAAGCUAAAAUGGGCGACAAGAACUAGAGGCCACGAGCUCAUCUGUAUUUAUGGGCUUUUGUAUGUCAGCCUGUUCACGUUGACUUGUUCUUAUUGCAAUUAUUAAUACUAUCAUUAUUCAUUCAUUCUGCCUCCGUUGAGUAAGGGUUUAGGCUCUCUCGAUGGGGUUCCCCCAAACUCUUGAUUAGUUGUAGGAUACAAUCCCGCCCCUUAAGACAUAGAAAUGUUCCUUUGCUAUCAAUAAAUGGAUCACUAUUA